AUGGUUCACGCCCCUUUGUGCUUAAUCCAAAUUACCGAAAAUGGCAUGUGGGUUCAGCAAGCCUGGACAGUAUCCGAGUCAAGGCAAAUGCCGCCUGAGCAGACUGAACAAGUCACAAAAGUUGAACAGUUCCCUUGGGAGAUGCAUGAACGCAGUGGCCAGAUCCGUCGUUUGCAAAAGCCGCACAAGAGCCGCGUGUGGACCGCCCAGGGACCGAAUGGGAAUGACAAGGCCGUCUCCUAUACAGCCGACGCCCUCGCCAUAUCCCAUCCGUUGGAAAUUCCUGGCAGCCGGGCCACGUUGGUCAAGGAUGUCGGCGCCGGGCCGGGGGAAUUCUCCGAGGGUGUGCUUUUGAAUCGCUCGUCGAUCGCCUUCGUGGGCGGCAAUGCGGCAUGGGGAUCCAGGGGUCCCGGUGACAAGGUCUAG